GUUCCCAGAUAUUUAUGGAGAUCUUGAUCAGCCUCUUGCUCACCCCCACACCGGUACUACAUCAGCACGCCACCUCUCCAUCAACACCACGGCAGCUCACCAUGGCCACGUCUCAUUCCCCUAAGAAGAAGGUGCUGGUGCCGAUCGUGGCCGGCACGGAGCCGGUCGAGGCGUCCGUCCCCAUCGACAUCCUCCGCCGCGCCGGCGCCGACGUCACGGUCGCCUCCGCUGGCGACGCCCUUCUCGUGGAGAUCAUGUAUGGCGUGAAGAUCAUUGCCGACGCGCUCGUCGCCGACUGUUCUGCCGCUUCCUACGACCUGAUCGUCCUCCCCGGAGGCGUCCCCGGCGCGGCGAACCUCGGCGCCUGCGCGGCGCUGGAGGGCAUAGUGCUGAGGCACGCGCAGAAGGGAGGGCUCUACGCCGCCAUCUGCGCCGCGCCGCCGCUGGCGCUGGCGCGCUGGGGCCUACUCAAUGGCCACAAGGCGACUGCUCAUCCACUGUUCGUGGAAUACUUCCCUCCCGAGGUGACCGCCGUGGACGCGACCGUGGUGGUGGACGGCAGGGUCGUCACGAGCCGCGGUCCGGCGACAUCGACGGAGUUUGCGCUGGCUUUGGUCGAACAGCUCCAUGGGAAGGAGAAGGUCGAGCAGAUCACAAAAGCAAUGCUUGUGAGAUACGAAGCUGGGUAUAGCAUGAAAGAACUCAACUCAGUCCAGUGGCAGUGCAGCGGCACACCCAAGGUUCUUCUCCCACUAGCCAACGGCAGCGAGGAGAUGGAGGCGAUAACGAUCAUCGACGCCCUGCGCAGAGCCAACGCGAGCGUCGUCGUCGCGUCCGUCGAGGACGGCCUCGAGAUCGCCGCGCUCCAUGGGAUGAGAAUCGUGGCCGACGUGAUGCUGGACGACGCCGCCGCCGAUCAGAGUCAGACGCAGUUCGACCUGAUCAUCGUGCCGGGCGGCAUGCCGGGCGCGGAAACGCUGGGUGGCAGUGCGAAGCUGGUCACCCUGCUGAAGAAGCAGGCAGAGGCGAACAGACCUUACGGCGCGAUGGGCGCCGCCACGGCUCAUGUGCUCCAGCCCCACGGCCUGCUCACGGGUAGGAGGGCGACGACGUGCACCUCCAUGACCGGACUACUGGCGGACGCUAGCGAGUGCGAGAACAGGGUGGUGGUUGACGGGAACGUGAUCACGAGCAGGGGCGCCGGGACCGCCAUGGAGUACGCCCUGGCCGUGGUCGAGAAGCUGCUCGGCCGCGACGAGGCGCGGCGACUGGCGGAUGGCCUGCUCUUCUUCGCCUGACGCGCCCCCGUGUGGACUGUAAACGACGUGUUGUUGUUGCCUGUUGGCAUUGGUCGCCUGUGGAUAAAGGCGACGGGACGAUGGGUCUCGGUGUGGGUGUGACGCUGAUGCCUGAUCUGGUUCUUUCUGCCGA